AUGUUGCAGUCCUACCCAGAGAGCCCUGUGAGCCCCUCUAGUCAGGAUGCAGUACCUCGAUCGACGGCGGAAACAGCACCAGUAUCGAAUUCCGCUGCUGAGGCUCAGUCGAAUGCCACGAAUCUAUCUCCUCCACCUCCUGCAACUAGAAAGUCUCGCGUGGCCUUGGCCUGCAAAAGAUGCAAGCGGAGAAAGCAGCGUUGUGACGGUGCGCAUCCAGUAUGCAGAUCUUGCCAGCGUGCUGGCGUGGCUUGUGCGUAUGAGAGGACUCUUCGUCCUCAGUACCCUGGCGGCAAGUCUGUCUACAUCAAUGCUCUAGAAGAGAGAAUCGCCUUUCUGGAGGCUCGCCUCCCCGAUCAUGCUGAGGACCACUAUGACAAUGGAUCAGAGACUCUGCAGAACACGUCUUCUAUAAAUGUUGAAGAGCCUCUUCUGGUUCCUCAGCCUCAGUCCAGUGCAUCGCGCCGCGAAUCUCGAGACGACUGUUUCUCCGAAGAUUUCGAGGGUGAGGAUCGGACUUCACUCGUCGAUGGCGUGGCCUACUUGUCUUUGUGCGCAUCUGGCACAACAGAUACAACAUCAGAGCCUUACUAUGUCGGCUCUAGCUCUGGUGCUACCAUUGCUCGCAUAAUUCAGUCCUCUAUUUUCCGAAGUUCUGGGAAGAGAGCAGUCACUCAGCCCGGGGUUCAAACAUGUCAGGCUACGGGUACUUCUAGGCCACCUGCUCCUCCUGAAUCUACUCAAUCCGAUGAGCCCGUCGCUGAUUUUCCGGAUCGACAGCAGGCUCGUAUGUUGUUUGACGUCUUCUUCGAACGUAUUCACACGCGCUGGCCAUUGCUAGAUCGUGUGAUAUACACGAAGCUUUUCGAAAAGCAGUUUAUUCGAGGCGCCCUGACUAUCAUCGAACGUAGCAUGUUCCAUUUAAUUUAUGCUAUUACUGCUCGCUUCCUGUCUCUGACACGAAAGCCGUGUGGUGUAGAUUCCGAGCAUCACCUUGUCGCAGCUACCGAGCCAAUGGACUAUAUUUUGGAUCAACAUAACCUCGCGACGGUACAAUUUCUCAUCUUGCUUGGAGUACAUGGCCAGAGAUCGCCUUACGGUGCAGGCGCCUGGUCUCAGAUCCGAUUUGCGACCUCCGUCUGCAUCGAGAUGGGCUUACACAGGAAGAAAACGGUGAUGGGCUCUCCUGAGCAUGCAAGGGAUGCAGAGAUCCGGCGACGUAAUUUUUGGGCAUGUUACUGCCUUGAUAGAGUGACUAGCAUUGUGCUCGGUAGAGCUUUUGCUAUCGCUGACCGAGAUAUUAACGUCGAGCUUCCCAGCACCAGCCCUGAGUUCUAUACUUUGACGCACCCAGAAGUUCCAGAUUCGGACAAAGCACAGUGGUCAAAUAUUGAGCCUUUCAUACACAUCAUCAAGCUCGACCAAAUCCAGUCACGGAUUCAUAAAGCAGUAUUUCGUGUUGAUAGAGACGUCUUCAACGGAACGCCGGAAGAGCGAGCCAAACUCGACCGAAAGAUGGCCACGAUCCGGAACGAUUUGGACGAAUGGCUACGAACAUAUCCGCAGACACCGAAGAAGGAAAAUAAGAUCACCUGGAUGUACGACCCUGAAAGCGCGUAUCUUGAUGCACGAGACUUUUAUGGCGUCCAGUACCACAAAGCAGUGCUCUUCCUCUUCACGGUCUUUCUUCCUACGCUUGACACAUCCGACAUGCGCUUCAUCACUUGUGCGCGCUCUGCGGCUUGUGUUUGUAAUGCAUAUAAGAGACUAAGUCAAAACCGGACGCUAACGUAUACCAUGAUCUCGUUGCACUCAUGCUUCGUUGCUGGUCUAACACUGGUGUACUGCAUCUGGCGAGACAGGUCUCUCUUCUCAUACGAUGUUCUAGAGGCGACACGGGCCUGCUCGCAGAUCUUGACUAUCUUUGGCGAAAAGUGGCCUGGCGCCGUCAAAUAUCGCGACAUCUUCGAUGCACUAUCCGGAAGCUUGUUUAAAACGGUCGUAAACUCAGCGCCUACUACGAUGAUUCACUGCAACGGCUCGCGGCCACUGCAGCUUGACAUGGAUGCAGAGCCCUCUGUGACGGGUCUUUCGCCGCGGAGCCAACGAGAGAGUCGCGAACAAGCGUCACGCCUUCCAACGCAUAGCAACAAUCCUACCAUGUCGCAUAUGGUCACCGAUGCUGUGAAGGAAGCGUUUAUGGAGGUGGACGAAGAGGCGCCAGGUGGGUGGCAGGGUUGGCGGAUGUGGAACGAGAUGGUGAGCGAUGAUACUAUGUCUGCAGCAAGUGCAGCGAUGAGAUUUGACGGCCUCGGUCAGGGCCAGACUGAGAUGAGCUGGGAUGCCUACGAGGGUUCUGGGUUUUACGGAGUGGACCCAAUUCAAGAUGCAGCAAUGCAGAUGGACAACGGCGGUAUGAUGGAGGGUAAUCAAUGGAACUUUGGAGAAUAUAGAUAG